CGUAUGCGCAGGGCAAACGUAGAAACGCUUGCGCGAGAGAGAAACGGAAAAGACUAUCGCCCUUGAAGAACCCUACUGCAAGGAGCUCACGACCUUCCAAGACCAAUGCCAUGCAGCAAUCCAGCGCAGCAACUCUGAGUCAGACCCAGCCAUCUUCACAACCACAGCCGGCUGUCUCCAAUUUGUCUACUGCACCUGCUGUCGGUGAUAGUACCGCAGCUACAACUUCAGCGCCCUCGCGCCCUGACGUAGUGCUCAUACAGGCUGGGCUCUGGGCUCGCUUCUGGCUCUUCAUUGUGAUUUCUCACGCACUUCUAGAAUAUCACACUUUCGCCGAUGGGAUCUGUCUCUGCUAUGUUUCGACCGUCGUUUUUUUGAUACGACACGCCAAGCUCUGGAUUGGAUUGGUAUUCGCUUACUUCUCCGUUUAUGGUUAUCGCAAACUGAUUUACUUUGGGGUAUUUGCUAUCGCAGAAACGGGACUUGGGCUAAUUCUUGGGCUGUUGUGAUCGCGUCUUGAACGACAUGUACGAGCGUCCACUCUGUCGCAUCAGGCGUCUCGUCUCGGUUUUGCCUGUUGCCAAUAUACUUGCUCCCCCUGUCCAUUCGCAAACGUUCGUUACAUCAACG